AUGAAAUUGUCUGGAAGUUUUAUCUUAUCUGCCAUUAGUGGAACAGCAAAUGCUCAAAUUGGGUCGGAUCCGUUUAUGUUGUCGAUGAUGCUCGGCGACAACUCCAACAUCAAUCCCUUCAUGAUGUCCCUCCUGUCCGACAACAAGAACAAAAUGGACCCAAUGACGCUGAUGAUGCUCUCAAACCCUAGCCAGACAAAGAACAUGUCUCCAAUGCUGCCACUCUUUCUCUCCGGUAACACAGCUAAAGAUCCGCUUAUGACAAUGCUGCUAAUGGCGCAACAGGCUAACCCAGAAAUUAACAAAAGUGAAAGCACGAUUAAUCUGAUGCAAAUGUUGCAAAUGAUGAGUAACAGUUGCGACUUUGGCAAGCUUAUAAGCAUGUUGAAAAACCUCUUAAAAAGUGGCCUGGAAUGUCGCUGCAAUCACAAGCCUCGUGACCUUCUCAUGAUGCAGUCUCUCAUCCGCGCCAUGGAGAACCGAGGCGAGCCAGUUGAUCUCUCGCCUUUUAUGUUCAUGAUGUGGGACCCGGUUCCUGGCUGCAUAGGGACACUACCCGAUGGCGAUGAAUGCAUUUGUGGAACAGGAGGAGUGGAAAAUAUGGUCGGAGCGAAUGGCCAAAAAAGGCACGAAAAACUAAUCUUUACUAAAAUUAACGCAUGA